AUGAUGAAAGAGUCACAGUGCAGCGGUAAGGACACGAACGAAAUGCGCGUAUGGCAUGUCCCGAAGGUGCCGCUGCUGGGCGCCGCAUGUCCCAUCGGAGCCGACCCCGUUCCUCGGCACGCUGCUGUCUUCCGCGUUCGAACUGACGUCAUCGGCGCGAAAACAAAGACUCGAAAAGAUGCAGUGAAUGCUAGAUUCAACUGGAAUAUUCCUAUUCCACAGAUCGAUCGCUCAAAUUUGAAUGACUUGAAACCUAUGUCCUUCUUCAGCGUCCACAACUAUCAAUAUGACUAUAGAAAUAGAAAAUGGCUUGUAGCUGAUCGUUGGCUAUCAAAAACAGUUGAAAGGAAGGAUACAGACCGAUAG